CGGAGGAUUUAGAUUUUCCUUGGUUCAGAGAGAUCCGGAUAUCGACGACCGUAUGAGUGUAGUAUCUAGGAUCAGGAAAACCCGGAGCAUCGAUGCCAGUUGUUUAGACAUAAGGGAACUGGAUGAAGAUCUUUACCCGCAACCAUUAUUUCGCGCCAAAUCAGACUUUAAUUUGACGUCAUCAAGCGCCAGUCUUUCAGCGAAUGAAUACGUGGUACCUGUCAGACAGAAGAGCAUGCUUGACCCAGGAGGUUUGAAAGGUGACCGUCCACAGGUCAGGGCACUAUAUUCCUAUUUGUCCAGCGGGGAUCAUCAGCUUAGCUUUCAUGAAAGUGACGUCAUAACGUUGAUUGGAGAACGAAACAAGGGCUGGCAAUAUGGAGAAAACACAAGAAAUCAUAGAUGUGGUUGGUUUCCAAUCGCUUACACAACUCCCCUGGUGAGAAGAAGUGACAGUGAUGAAGCCUCCAGUUCUUCUGAACGUAGGCGCUUAAGCUCCGACAUCUCUACACCACUGCCAUCUAGUGACGAGUCUUCUGGAAAUAAAACGAUUCCUAGUCGUCACCAGGUAGCGUCUGAUAACACUGGUGGCAGGCGUAGUCCUAUAAGACGUCCGCUUAGCAGUUCGUGUGCUUCUCCUGUACCUGAUUCUGAAGCUAUUCCUACCAUACCAACGCGCCCUCUUUCGACCUUUGUUGACGGCCUUUAUGCUAGAGUAACAGAUAUUUCGAAGCUUCGUCAGGGACCACCGCCAGCCGCCUCUACCCCCAUGGGAGAACCCUCCGCCACCAGCGUCACCGUCCCAAUUACCGUAGAAACAGCAAAGGAAAACUUCAUCCUUCGACCUCCCCAGCGAUCCCUCACCUCUCCCCUUCCUUUUCCUCAACCAGUCCCUCCACCACCCCGUAUCCCACCUUCCACGAGUCUCUAUAGCAGCCACGACAGUGGAUUCAGCAAUGAUGUCAUUUAUGGUGGUAAAGUUUCGGAAGUUAGCCUUUCAAGUCCAAGAGACAACGUGUUUGCCAGCGUGAAGCUACGUAAGGUAACAACCAAUGAUCGGUCAGCUCCAAGAAUAACAUAGUAUUAAUAUUUCUGUUGAAAAAGGUACUUAUUUAAAUAUUUGGUCACAUAGUAUUUCCCAACUGUUGUUGAAUCAAUCGUCAGUUCAGAGUUGUAAAGUUUUAAUAUUAAUAAAUGUUUUCCUUAG